CCAGUUGUGCAUUUUAAAGAGAAAGAACGCUUCAUCGGUGCGUAGUUCCCCAAUUUCCCAAGCUAGCUACAAGAGCCAAGCUUUGGAAGGAAGUUGGUUAAUUUCCUCGAUAAAUAAACCUUUUAUCGGGGAUUUCGCGCACCUGAUCAAGCCUUUAUUGUUACAUGAAAGUAAUGUUUCUCGACGUGAGCAAAGAGCUAACGAUCGAGAGAAAUACCUCUCUGGCGUGAUGUGUGUAAAUCAAACAGAAAUUGGUUUUAUUGUGAAGGCAACAACCGGAUGUGACAUGUAUGGUUACUGUGAGAUCUACGUUCGUCUGGACUGGGACUCGUUGAUUGCAGUGGCUGCUGCGUUCUGGCCAACAUGGGAAUCGGUGAGGGAUUUAUUACAAAAGGAUUUUAAGAACCACUGGGAAAAUGGCCGAGAGGUUGGAAUGGGUGGAGAUCAUCGAGCCGCGCACGCGGGAGCGCAUGUACGCCAACCUGCUUACAGGCGAGUGCGUGUGGGACCCCCCGCAGGGUGUCCGCAUCAAGCGCACGGGCGACAACCAGUGGUGGGAGCUGUUUGACCCUAACACCUCGCGCUUCUACUAUUACAACGCCUCCACGCAGCGCACAGUGUGGCACCGCCCCCAAGGCUGCGACAUUAUCCCCCUAGCCAAGCUACAGACGCUAAAGCAGCACACUGACGGUGCCAACCCACGUCCCGCAAGCGGAGGCGGGGCGUCAGCAGACAAUAGCCCGGGUCGCAACAGCGGGGUCAGCCGGGAAGGAAGCACCUCCUCCUCGCUGGACCAGGAAGUGUGUGACAAACAGGGCAGUAAAGAGGAAGCAGAGCGAACGUCCCCCUUCAGGUGGAACACGGGUACGAAGGAGCGUAUGUUGAUCAAGGUGACGGACAGGGAGCCCAGCUUCUUGGCCCACCAGGGUAACGGCUACUCCCCCUGUGACCCCCCCACACCAGGAGCUCUGUCAGGAGGGGGUACAGCUUCGCGAGUCCGCCGUUCCUCCGGAGGCAACCCGCCCUCGGACACCGACAGCUCCCCCGUCCUCUACGCUGAGCGCCGCCACUCUCCCUUCCUGAAGCGGGCGGAACUCGGCGGCACGCAGCGGCGCUCGUCCGCCGACUCGCAGCCAUCAUCGCCGCGCUACGCCUAUGAGCCGCCACUGUACGAGGAGCCGCCCUCCGAGUAUCAGCCCCCGCCCAUCUAUGAGGAGCCUCCCACCGACGUUCAUCUAUCCGAGUCCUCCUUCUAUGGCACUGGCAAGUCACCUGCUCGUAAGACUUCGGCACCGCUCUACCACUCCCCCAAGCAGUCCCCCUACGGCCAGCUGGUCCUGACCCGCCAGAAGUGUCCGGAAAAGACGCAGAGCCUAGAGUACAGUCCUGUGGGCAAGGAGUAUGUCAAGCAGCUGGUGUACGUGGAGCAGUCAUCCUCCAGCCCACGCUUCAAGACUGCCGACCGUAUGCUGCGUUACGGCACCACGGGGGGCUACGGCGGUGCUUAUGGGGGAUCCUACACCCUGCAGCACAGUCAGUCUCUAAUCAGGGACCCCCGCCUGCUGCUGGACUACAGCGGUGAGGGCGGCGAGGGGGCGCAGAGGCUGCUUUAUGAGGACUCAGUAUCUUGGUCAUCAAGCCACACACACUCCCUGUCUUCGUCAUCUGCUGGCCCCUUCUCUCCCAGUGGAAACCGCAAACGGAAGAGCCGCAAGCCGUCUCUCCCACAGGAGCUAGCCCGCUGUGGUGGCCCCGACGGGGACCUGGCAGGCACGGCAUCGGAGGCCAUGCUGGCCCAGGCCCGUCUGGCAUGGGAGGCGCAGCAGGUGAUGAAACAGAGGAGCAGCUGGGACUCGGGCCAGGGAGGGGGCGCUCAGGGUUCCAAGGAUGGCUACGAGAGUGACGGUGCCGUGCCCCCUCCCCUGCCAGGCCCCGUGGUGAGGGCCUUCAGCGAGGAUGAGGCACUGGCCCAGAGCGACGGCCACCACUGGAAGCGCAGCACCUUUGAGAGGCUGGGCUUUCCUCAGGCCCUACUGGAAAAAAGCCUCUCGGUCCAAACCAGCCUGGCAUCCCCCGAGCCCUACCUGCACCCCUCACAGUCGGAGGACCUCGGCGCCUGUGCCCAGUUUGAGGCCAGCCGCAACGCCAGAAACAUGAUGCCGAGUGCCAGCUGUGGCGUUUUCCCAGAAUUCACCUUGAGAAAGCCCUCGUCUGAGACCGACAUCGAGAACUGGGCGUCUAAGCACUUCAACAAACACACGCAGGGUCUGUUCAGAAGAAAGGUGUCCAUUGCCAACAUGUUGGCGUGGAGCAGCGAGCCCAUCAAGAAGCCAAUGAUAGUCACCUCAGACCGCAGUGUCAAGAAGGAGGCAGUGGACAUCUUCAAGCUCAUACAAACCUACAUGGGGGACCGGCGUGCCAAAGCCGACCCCUUUUGUGUGGCCCUGGAGGUGGUGGUCCGCGGGUGGAGCAACCAGGGUUUGCGCGAUGAGCUCUACAUCCAGCUGUGCCGGCAAACCACGGAGAACUUCCGCUAUGACAGCCUGGAGCGCGGCUGGGAGUUGAUGGCUAUCUGCCUGGCCUUCUUCCCCCCCACACCGCGCUUCCACAAUUACCUGGAGGGCUACAUCUGCCGACACAUGGACCCCCUCAACGACACCAAGGGAGUGGCCAUCAGCAGCUACGCUAAACACUGCUACAGGAAGCUGACCAAGGCGGCUCUGACUGGCGCAAAGAAGGGUCUGCAGAAGCCAUGCCUGGAGGAAAUCCAACAUGCCAGGAACGCCAUCUUCAGUCCCUCCAUGUUCGGCUCGUCCCUGGAGGAGGUUAUGGCUCUCCAGAAGGAACGCUACCCGGAUCACCAGCUGCCGUGGGUCCAGACUCGCCUGUCUGAGGAGGUUCUGGGUCUCAACGGUGACCAGACAGAGGGCAUCUUCAGGGUACCAGGAGACAUUGAUGAAGUGAACGCCCUCAAGCUGCAGGUGGACCAGUGGAAAAUCCCAACAGGACUAGAAGACCCUCACAUACCAGCGUCCCUGCUGAAGUUCUGGUACCGCGAGCUGGAGGAGCCGCUCAUCCCUCACGAGUUCUAUGAUGAGUGCGUCAAGCACUACGACAAUGCAGAGGCGGCCGUCAAUGUGGUGCUGGGUCUGCCGCACAUCAACAAGCUGGUGCUCUGCUACCUCAUCCGCUUCCUGCAGGUGUUUGCCCAGCCCGCCAACGUGUCCAUCACUAAGAUGGACGUCAACAACCUGGCCAUGGUGAUGGCCCCCAACUGUCUACGCUGCCAGUCGGACGACCCCCGGGUGAUCUUUGAGAACACUCGCAAAGAGAUGUCCUUCAUCCGUGUCCUCAUCCAGCGGCUGGACACCAGCUUCAUGGAUGGAAUCCUAUAGCCCAGCCCCCUCCCAGAUGAAGGGGUUGGCCAGACAAGAACAGUAUGUGGACUUAACGGGUCACGUGACUGCGGUACCCCACGUGCCUUCACGUACGUGCAUAGACCAGGACCAUAGGCCUGCAGGGAUCUCAUCUUCCUCUCUGGUCAUGUGACUCGUCCCGGCAGCUAAGGCUCACUGCCGCCAAUCGCCCAUGGCCCCGCCCACAUGCCAUUACCCUGCCCACUACUGAUUUGUGAAUGUGUCUUUGUGUGUGUGUCAUUGUUUACAAUUGUUGUAUGUUAAUUUGAGAUUAUUUAACAUGACUUUUUUUUUACUUUGUAAUUUAUUUUGUAUUUAUUUGACACCUACUUGUCGAUGAAUGUGUUCACAUGUGAACGAGUGUGUGGUGCUCACACGUGCACUCACACGUGUGUGUGCAAUGAUAUAGGCUCAGUGUACAUUGACUGUACAGACAAUGUAAAAAAAAUUCUAGACAAAUGUGCUGUGAACGUAACACUAACAAGGUUUAUGUUGUUUCUCUCUGCAAAGUCGACACAGGCUCCCCCUAGUGGUGACGCCCUGCCGGGCUCCUGGUGCUGAUAAGCAGGCCACUAGAGAGCGGCACGCUGGGACAAAAGAGACCAAUUCGCUUGAAAAAAAGACGGAAAACAAAUGUAAGAUCACUAAGGUUGGUUCCAUCAGUUUUUGGUGCAAAAUGACAUUUUGUUGUGGCGGCAACCAAUCAGCAUGCAGACAGCCGUUACCACUUUAGCUUGACAUCAAGGAUGAAACUUGACACAAAUGUUCCCAUUCUAGAUAACAGUCGAAUGAAAUGAAGUUCAUUUAUGAAUUUGGUACAUUUUUUUUUCUACUUGUUGCUCCAAGCUUGAGAGCUGUCGAUGAUGAAGAUGGGUUGUGAGGAUGCCAUGUGUGUUUUCAGUUGUUUGUGUCACCGUCUCUCGCUGUGUCUGACAAAAACACCAACAGUGUUUAAUAAAAGACUCAAGCUGGCGCGUCACGUGUCGCUGAUGUGGCGUUGAACACCUGUCGACAGAGUGGGCGGUGCUUGUGCGCUGCAGCUUUCCACGUGCCUGGGUCUCGGUCUCGGGAGUGGCACGUGAGGUUCGGGGAGAGACUGUUCGCGUUUAAUCAAUGCUUCAGGCAAGUACAGCAGAUCAAUUCGACUAAUUAAGUUUAGGCUGUGUGUAAGAAGAACAACAGCAUUUCUUCAUCCCCCUUAAACCUCAUGGAUGGGAAUCGAGUAGGGAAGCCCGCAAGGUCCUCCCCAAGACCCGGAUACUCCACAGGGAUAGCAGCAGUGAGCACAUCAAUCGAGGAACCUUGCUACAAGGUCCUUCCCAAGGACUUGGUGAGCACUCACCGGAGAUCAAGGUAUUCCACUGAGCUUGGUGUCGGUCCAGUGAAGAGUUCUGCCAGCACGCGGACGUCAUGAGCUGUUGACACAGGCAACGUGUGAACACGUCGCAAAGCAUACGCGUCAACGCUGUCCCUUACCAAAGUAAUUUUCAGGCAACAUGAGCUUGCGCAGACACGGCACCGCCUUAAGGGCGUCAACCAGCUGUCGUAAAGCCUCCUCUUUGUUGCUCUGCUGGACCAGGAGAUGGCAGCUGUGGAGACGCAGCUCUGAAAGUCAAAGCAGCGUCAAACAUGGUGGCGCGAAGAAGACAAUACCAUGGGAUUUGUUACCUUCCAGCUUGCACACUCGCAGCACGGUGAGCAUCUGGUGGAAACAAUUGGACAAGUCCAUGUUCUUCAAGUGGAGACUUGUCAGGCGGCCAUUGGACUCUAAACACACACAACACACACAGGUCUGCUCGGGUGAGGUCUGGAUGGAUCUGGACUCAAAUGUCCAUGCAGUCAUUAGGUUGGAGUUUAGACGCUGAAGUCAUAACCAAAAGUACUGCUCAUUUUGACUUUUUGACAUUUUGAAAUGUGUGAUUGUUCACCUGAGAGUGUAGUGAGGAUGUCCUUUUGGGAGUGGGCUGGCAGGUGGACUCCUUCCAAAUGCAGCGUGACCAGGCCGGGGCAGCGUCUCAACACGGACAAGAGGAAGGCGGGCGAUGUCACCCGCCCAUACACUUUGAUUGACAGGCGCUCCAGCGAAAGUUGACCUGCAGAAUGGUUAUAGGACACAGUGAACAACGAGCAGGUGAGGAACGCCCACUGAAGCUGCUACACGGGUAAAAACACACACUCACUCGUAUUAUUUGUAAGAGGCAGCUCCUCCAUGAAGAAGUUCCCGAAUUGCACGUUGAGCUCCGUCAGUCUGGGGUAGGCGUUCAACAAAAAGCUUGGCAAUGCCGGGCACGACAUUGGGUCGAUGGACAGAUGGCUGAGGGAUGCGUCCGAGCAUUGAAAAAGCUGCUCAAGAGCUUUGGUGAAGUCCAACAUAUCCGAAACAGGUAUGGGUGCUGCACCAGAACAUCAAACACACAUGUUGUGUCAUGUAGGGUUGCCAACACCGACAAGGAACACACUUCGCCAAAACUAAAAUCAAAACUAGUCUAUAAAACCUCAAUGGCUUCCCACAAGCUAGGCCAAUGGAUGCCAGCAUGUUUGAUCAUUUCCUUAUCAAAAUGUUUUGCCAUUUGACUUUGCUGAGCUGACCGAGGCUGUACCUGACAACGGCGGCAGCUAGCGAACUUGCUAGGUAGAGUUAAACGCCUGGCUUCUUGUCGUCGUACUACAAAUGUGACUUUUGACCACAGUGACAUUUUGUCACAUUUUAACAAUGCACUUAGUUGGGAGCUUGUUUUUGUCCCAGCUUCUUGUGGAUAUUAUGUUCAUGGGGCACGUACUAACUUUGCAAGUGUCGCUGAACAAUUUUGCUCUCUUGUUGUCAUUCCACUAAUUACUUGUUGUCCUGAAAACACUAUUUGUGUGUGGUGUAAUGAACACAAACACAUACAUAGCGUGUGUAGCGUGCGGUAGAAAAUGAAUGAAUGAAUGAAUGAAUGAAAAUCGUUGAUGACUCACAUCUGCUGCUCAACGUCAAAGCGGUCAGGCGGGAACAUGAUGGAAGGAUUUUAGUCAGCUCGUUCAAGAUCUUCGGUGAACAGUCCUCCAGUUCCAGAUGUUCAAUGAAUCUGUUUGGACACCCGGUGCAUGUUUGGAUGUUUUGGGUACAAAGAAUGUAUGGGUACAUCUGAAAGCGUGCAUCUGUAAGGGCUUCUUCUUCUUCUUCAUUGCAUAUGUUUUCCCUGUGAGGUUUGCUCAGACAUCCUCCUUCAAACAGCACCUUGGACAGGAUGUCAUGAUCAUCGGUACGUAG